AUGAAGCAACCACCUGGUUUUUCUGAUCCUCUUUGCCCCAUUCAUGUUUGCAAACUUCAUAAGGUUCUCUAUGGUCUCAAACAAGUCCCUCGUGCUUGGUUCCAUCGACUUACUUCUUAUUUUGAUUGGACAACAAUGGUGACCCAUUGCCAAGUGCAACCACUUAUUGAAGAAUGGUUGGUGGCCUUCAGUACCUUACUCUGGGCUCGUUUGGGAGUACUUCUUCUUGAAGCACUUAUGCUAGUAGCGCUUAUGUCAAUAGCGCUUAUGACCGCUUUUAAGAAGAAGCACAUCUCAAGUGCUUCUUCCAAAACCACUCUAAAAGCGCUUUUCGCUGAUCCAAAAGCACUCCCAAACGAGCCCAUAUCUCGACUAGAUAUCACUUUUGCAGUAAACCAAGUAUGUCAGUUUAUGCAUAAUCCACGCACCACUCAACUUCAGGCCUUGAAGCAUAUUUAUCUCCACAUUAAAGGAACUCUUGAGCAUGGUCUUAAAUUUCACAAGUCUUGUGAUUAUCUCCUACGUGGUUAUGCCGAUACCGACUGGGCCGGGUCUGUUGAUGAUCGUCGAUCUACAAUGGGCGCUUGUAGUUUUCUUGGCCCCAAUCUACUCACCUGGACUGCCAAGAAACAAUCCACUGUCUCUCGUUCUAGUACUGAAGCCGAAUACAGGGCUCUUGCCACCACCAGUGCCGAACUUCGUUGGUUCUGCUACUUAUUUCGUGAACUCAAAAUCCCACUCCGUGUCUCUUUGUGGAUAAUAUUUCCGCUCUCCACAUGGCAGUAA